AUGGGUAGUUUGCUCCCACAAUCUGGCGAGAGACCAAAGUUUGCUCAAUUGUAUAUUUAUGAUACUCAAAAUGAGAUCACAAAUCGUAUAACUGCACUUGGGGAAGAUGAGUCAAACAAUACAAUCCAUCGUGAAAUUGUUAAAGACGUUAAAGAUGCACUGGAUGAAAAUAAUGUUUUGGUCCAGAGUUUUAGAAUGGCCAAAACAGAGAUGGAAAGUAACCAUAGAGGUGAUAUUAAAAUCAAACUCAUCGGUAAGAUGAACGGGGAUGCAAGGACAUAUAACUUGCCACAGGUUGGAGAGGUGGCGGCAUUGAUUGUUGGUGAUUUAGAUCCAAACAUGGGAGAAAGAGAUAUAUUGGUGGAGUCUAAAGCUGGACAUUUUCAAAGAAUAACUGAAUUAAAUCCGGUAUAUCUCCCACUGCAGUACCCACUACUAUUUCCUUAUGGUGAAGACGGAUACAGAGACGACAUACAAUUUACUACUCUUGAAGCCAGGAGUUCAAAUGCAAGGAGUAAACUUAGUCCCAGGGAGUAUUUCUCAUUCCGUUUGCAAGAUAGGUUCAAUGAAAUGUCAACAUUGAUUUAUGCUAGACGGUUGUUCCAACAAUAUUUGGUUGAUGCUUAUACCAUGAUAGAAUCAGGACGCUUGGUUUAUAUUAGGUCUCAUCAAAAGUCACUUCGAUGUGAAUCAUACAAAUGUUUGACAGAUGCGUUAACACGUGGUGAAGUAGAUCCUAGUGCCCAAGGAAAACGCAUAAUUUUGCCAUCGAGCUUUACCAGAGUAAUUUACACCAUUGAAUUUCAAAAAAGGGGACUGCCACAUGAUCACAUUUUGAUAUUCUUGAGCAAGAGUAACCCUUACCCUAAUCCUAAAGAUAUUGACAUGAUCAUAUCUGCCGAGAUUCCAAGUCAAUUGUGCGAACUUGAGUAUUAUCAAGCUAUAGCAGAAUUUAUGAUUCACGGUCCAUGUGGUGCAGUUAGGAAGAAUUCACCUUGCAUGAUAAAUGUGGAUUUUGAUGGAUAUCCAAUAUAUCGGCGUAGAGAUAAUGGUCGUACAGUACGGAAAAAUGGGAUUGACCUUGAUAGUAGAUAUGUUGUUCUACACAAUAGACAUUUGCUUAUGAAGUACAGGGCUCAUAUUAAUGUGGAGUGGUGCAACCAAUCUAGGUCAAUAAAGUACUUAUUAAAGUACGUCAACAAGGAUAUAUUUCACCCCCUGAGGCCGCGUGGAGGAUUUUUUGCGUUUGACAUACAAUUCAGGAAUCCAUCUGUUGAGCGGUUGAGUUUUCAUCUCCCCAAUGAGCAAUCAAUAAUCUUUCAUGACGAUGAUUUGGUCAAUGAUGUUGUAAAUCGACCAACAGUAGCUCAAAGCAUGUUUACUGCCUGGUUUGAGGCUAAUAAAAAGUACGCGGCAGGGAGGGAGUUGACUUAUUCACAGAUGCCAACCAAAUUUGUUUGGAAAAAUGAUAAAAGAGAAUGGCAACCUAGGCAAAGAAAUUGGGCAAUUGGUCGAAUCUUUUAUGUGCCACCAAAUACUGGUGAGAUUUUUUAUCUUAGAUGUUUACUUAAUAUAGUUCGUGGACCGACUUCAUUUGAUGAGAUUAAACAAGUAGAUGGUGUUCAAUACAAUUCAUUUAGAGAUGCAUGUUAUGCACGCGGAUUAAUCGAAGAUGAUAAAGAGUAUGUUGAUGCAAUCACUGAGGCAGCAACUUGGUCUUUAGCCCAUUCGCUACAUUUAAGUCUAAAUGAAUCUCAAAAAACAAAUUUUGCGUUGCUUGAAAUGGAGAAGUUGUUGAAUGCUUGGAACAAAUCUCUAUCAGAUUAUCCACCUACGCCAAUGCCAGAUGAAAACAACGAUUGGUUUUCUGAUAACAGGUUGUUGUUCGAGAUGUCAUAUGAUAGGGAAGCUCUAUUGCAUCAACAUAAUUCGUUGCAUCCGAAACUAACGAUGAACAGUUAG